ACGUCAACAUCGAUGUUCCUGGUGAAAAAGUGCAGAUGCACACGGCUGUCCUAAGAGCAGACAAGUGUACAGAGGAGAAACAGUGUCAUGGAAAAAACACCCCAUGGAAAAUAUGUUAACAUCUGAGGGUUUGAGAUUGUGGUGGCUCUAAGGAGGUUGAGUACGUAGUACGUUCACACUGGAGACGUAACACAAGUAAGUGCUCAGAACAGUUAUUAUGCAGACCUAAUGGACAUGUUGUCCCACAAUGCAAUGGACAAAUGACAUGCAGAUGGCAGUGAGACAGUUCUUGGAAAACAAAGUCAUAAGCAUAAAAGCUUUGGAAAAACCCUUUUGCUUUCUUUCUCUCUCUGAAGUUCAUGUGACUGUGGCAUUAUGGGGAAGUUUCUCAAUUUCUUGUGUCGUAACUGCAAUAACAUUGUACUAUAAAGAUAUCGUAAAUACUUGGCACAAUUUGUAUGUAGCACAGAACUGGGACUAAAAUGCAAUGUCGUUCCUUCAAAGUUAAUAUUCCUGUUUAUGAAAUGUCUGAUCAAUCUGCUUUUUUCAUGUCCGAGGCUGAUAUCAAUAUAAUUCGUAUGGCUGCACUUUGCCUCACCUGGCCACCUGAAGAGCAUCAUGCCUGAACUGUGAAAGAAAUAUUCUCCUCCCCCGAGGGAAGAAAUGCAGAGCCCAUAAUUUACUGCUGCUUCUUUUCUUAUUUAAACCUCACAGCAGCAUUUUGGAUUAGUCGGCACCAUUCAAACAUUCGAAAUGAAAUUGUAAUUGAAACUUUAUUUUAAAGGGCAUUGUAAGUGUAUUGUAGAAUACUUGAUAUAACUCAAUGUGGCUGAUACCUCAUGACAUUGCUAUUGGGUUGUAUAUAGUACUGAGCAUUGGACCGGCGUGUCCUCUCUAUCAACGAGGGGUUUAACUGUUCCAAUAAAACGACUAAUACACAGUGGUACCUAUUUGUGAAGAGUGCUUUCAGCACUUUUAUUGGUGUAUUCUGAUGUUAUUGGUAAAAACGGUUUGAUCGGAGAAUACUAAUGGUCGCAUUUUGUGGUUGAGCGGUGUGACCAGAAUCCGAAAGCAUGCUUAAUUAAAUCACAUUAAACCCAAUAAAAAGACAAUGUGGUGGUAGAACAGGAGACACAAUGAAAAGGGGUCUGUGAGGGAGCAGUUAUAGUGAGCGCUGUGCACACGCUGUGCACUCGAAUAACGAAUCAUGUUUUCCUGAAAAGUAAAAGAAAAUAGAAAUGAAAAAGUGUUUUGCAUUUAUUUUUGUUUGCUACUUUUUUAAUGAACGACUGUGUUGUCAGUCACACUUUUUUUUUCUCUCUGUGUGUGUGCGCGUGUGUGGGUGUGUGUGCGCGUGUGUUCAGCUGUGGUUACACAGGUGUGAUGAGAGCCUGAAGGCGGGUUCUCUAGCAAGGCACUACACCACAGCUGGAUGCACCGCAUUCCAUCUGACUAACCCUCUCGCUCCACUCGCUCUUCUCCCCUCUCAUCCUUUCUCAUCACCAUUUCUCCAACACUUCACCUCUUCUGUCUUCAUCACAAGCCGAAAGAGAUUGCAGAAGCACCGGGACCAACUUGACUGUGAAGACUCCUUUUGAAUGCGCCAGAAGAGCAGAGAGAGUUUGCGAGGAGCCGUAAGAAAAAGGCACCGGGAGGAGCAAACACAUGAAGCAGAACUGUGGGAGAGAUUGAAGCCUUAACAAGAGCUGGCUUCAGGAAAUAGUUGAGAGAAGAGGAGUGGAUGACAGAAAUUAAGAAACGUAGAAAGAAGAAAGUCAGUGUAGGAUUUGGGAAUAAUGAAGAAAAGCACUCGAAUAUGGUUGAGAUAAACAGUCGUGAUGAACAGCCAGAGAGCUGGAGAUGGAAAGAAACAAGUGCAACCCACAACUGAUGCAAACUCAUGUCCACACGCACACACACACACACACACACACACACACAGAGACAACCCACCCACAGUCACCAGAGACCUGAUUAAGAAAGCAGAGCUAUCGAUCUGUGGGCUGGCAGGCUAGGAUGGAUGAGCAGGCAGGGCUGCAGGAGCACCAGAGGACAGCUUCAGUGCCCCCAGAUCCCCCCCCCCCCACCCCACCGACGUCAGACCUGGGAGUUGGCCAGGAGGGUUGGGGCUGCCACAUCGAGGCUGCAGCUAGCAGCAGAGGGUCAAAAGGAAAACUGAAGAGUCGAACUGGUGUGAAGUAAUAGAUACACUCUACUGAUAUGUGUGUGUGGUGAGAUGGAGGGGGGGGGGGUACAAAAGGGGGGGAAUGGAAGCUGGUGGAUAUUCCCUGGACUCGAGCUUGAUGGAGUACUCGUGCCCUUGAACUACAUUCACCUCCCUUUCUCAGACACGCGGGCACACACACACACACACACAUUCAAACACUCCCGCCCUGUGUUUCCUGGAGCAUGGUGAGGGAGGUUGUCUGCAGAUGGCUGCUUAUUGGGCCCCAGGGUCCUGGAGGCUGGGUUAUGGGGGACACCGGUAAGGUUGUUUAUGUGUUUGAGACACUUAGAGAGAUUGGGCCGCGUGGCAAAGGUUUGAAAAUAGUGGCCGAUGUUGUAAAGAGAUGACGGGAGACUUUACACUGUCAUGUUGUUUUGGUGUCUUUUUACUUUGUCACAGUUUCACUUUUAACACAAGUCUGCCUGCAAGGUUAAUAUGUAUUCACUUUUAUAGAUUAGCGUAGCUUCCUUUCCGGACGAUGGACACAUUAGGUAGUAACAGGAGCCAGCUGGCAUCACUAGCUCACAACAGAUUGAAACAGUAUUAGAUUUCAAAGUGAGAUUUUUUUAUUAUUACAUCCAGCACGCUGAUUGAAUGCCAGCUCAUUCAAUCAUUGAUUCAUUUUCUCUACCCGCUUCUCAGCAUCGUAUCCCAGCAUACACCUGGUGGAAGGCAGACAGAAAAGCCCGACAGCAUGCAACUGUGUCACAGGGCGGACGGACGGAGACCGACGGGAUGUACGAUCAAUGAAGUUGUUAUUUGCAGAACAAAAGACACAAGGACAGGUGUGGAGCUCCGCAGAACCUCAUCACAAAGUAGAGGAUGUCCUUUACCCAUGGAGGACUCAAGGCAAGGGAGUGGUCAGGGUGAAGAGAGACUGGAUCAUCCCUCCAAUCAGAGUGCUGGAGAAUAGCAAGCAGGUUCCUGAAGACCUUGUCCAGAUCAAAUCGGACAAAAUCUUUACAGGUGAUGUGAUCUAUAAGUUGGAGGGGCCAGGCGUGGACCAGGAUCCCAAGAAUCUGUUUGAGAUUGAUGACAUAACGGGAGUAAUCAGGUGCAAGCGGCCGCUGGACAGAGAGAGACACAACAGCUUCACGCUGAAAGCCUUUGCGCUGUCCCCCAGUGGAGAGAGACUAGAGAACCCUACCAUCAUAGAGAUCGUGGUGCUGGAUCAGAACGACAACAGACCCGCCUUCACCCAGAAGCAGUUUGGUGGCUCUGUCUCUGAGUUCUCAGUCCCAGGCACCUCAGUGAUGUCAGUGUCAGCCACCGAUGCAGACGACCCAAUGACAGAAAACGCUUAUCUGAGCUACUCCAUCAUUGGCCAGGAGAGCAUUCCUGCCAACGCUGUUAACAAGACUAUGUUUGGUAUCAACAACGAGACGGGAGCCAUCUACACGAGAGAUGUGGGCCUGGACCGAGAGGUGGUGACAAGUUUCAGAUUAAAACUGCAGAUUGCUGAUAUGGGGGGCAUGGGACUAACAGGUGAAAGUGUGGCAAUCAUACACGUUUCUGAUAUCAACAACCACGCCCCGCAGUUCAGCCCUGCCGUGUACAGCAUGGCAGCGGUAGAGAACAGGAAGGACUAUGAGAUUGGCCGAGUGAAUGUGACAGACAGAGAUGAUCGUGGAGCAGGCAACUGGGAGGCCAGGUACUUCAUUUCCAACGACCCUGAGGGCAACUUUGCCAUCAGUACGGAUCCUGGCAGCAACGAGGGCGUUCUGACGGUGGUGAAGCCUCUGGAUUAUGAAUCACAGAAUGAGCACAUCCUGGUUCUGACGGUGGAAAAUGUCAAUCGCCUGAGCAACAAGGCUCCCAACUUCCCAGUAAGCAGUGCCACAGUGGUGGUGAUCGUCAUGAACGAGAACGAAGCUCCUCUUUUCAGGGAGGACCCCAUAAAGAUUGUGGUCCCUGAGUCCGUGGUUCCUGGGACGUUACUGAAAAGCAAUAUCGCCUUUGACCCUGAUCAUUCUGACCUGAGGUAUGAGAUGAGCAGAGAUCCCGAGAGGUGGCUGGAGAUCAACAGAGACACGGGAGACAUUACUGCCAAGAGAACCUUCAACAUGCGAUCUCCGAAUGUUAGAAACAAUGUCUACAAUGCUGUUGUCAAGGUCACAGACGCCGGCGGUGUGUCGACCACCGCCAGAGUGGCCAUCACUCUGAAGGAGACCAACGACUUCCCCCCCCAGCUCUUCCCUCUGAGCGGCACUGUGUGCCGGGGGGCAAGCCACAGGGGUUCUGGUCUGGUUGUGACGGCUGUGGAUGAAGACCUCCCUCCGCACGCUGCACCCUUCGCCUUCGACAUACCUGGGGAUCUGUCAAUCAACUGGACCGUUAAUCAAGUCAACAAUACUCACGCGGUGCUCCAGCCCCUCGUAGAGCUGCAGGCGGGGGAGUAUGCGGUUACAGUGUUCGUGUCCGACUCCGGCAGCCCACUCAUGAGCGCUUAUGCUCAGCUCAACGUCACGGUGUGUGUCUGUGACUCUUUUGGAGAUUGUAAGUCUGAGGCGGGGGCCGUCCUCGGCUCCAGUGUGGGAAUCAGCUUCAUCGCUCUCAUCAUCAUCAUGGCCAGCAUUGCACUCCUACUGUUGCUGCUCCUCCUGGCUGUGGCGGUGACCACCUGUGGGAGACGCCACCAUAUCAAGAAAGGAUCAGGUCUGCUCGUCGGGGAAUCAGAAGAUGACAUCCGGGACAAUGUCUUCAACUAUGAUGAGCAAGGCGGGGGUGAGGAGGACGAGAAUGGCUUUAGCAUUGACCUGCUGUGGAAUCCCCAUGACGCACCUUCAACGCCGGGGUCCUACUACCCUCGAGGCAAGCAGCCCCUCAGGAGGGAUGCCCCGCAUAACCUGCCCUCACCCAUCUACCCACGGAGGCCCCCAGCGGAUCCCACUGACAUCGAAGACUACAUCAAUGAUGGCCUGGAGGCUGCCGACAACGACCCCAACGUGCCUCCAUACGACACAGCCCUGAUCUAUGACUACGAGGGAGAGGGCUCCCUGACAGGCAGCCUCAGCUCCGUUGCUUCAGGCAGCUCCGACGGAGACCAGGACUACGACUACCUCAACGACUGGGGACCACGCUUUCAGAAAUUGGCUAACAUGUUUGACCCAUGUUAAGGCGGACAGCGCUCCACACAAAGAAGACCCGCAUGCCUCACCGCCAGUUAUGGGCACAGAUCAGGCCUCAGGAGUUUUAUUUUCUGCACACAUUUGAAAAGAUUUUAGUCCAAGACGAGAUUUGAAGCGUGCGAAAGAAAAAUAAAUGCUCUGUGAAACCACGGGUCUUUAGUUGAAUGUGCCUUCGGGUUAAAUUGAUGAUCAUUUGGACAGAAAUGAGAAAAAUGGCUCGUUGCAAAGUAAAGCUUGAGUAGACACGACCCGCCACGAGGAAAAGAAGCGCACCGAGUGUGUGUUGAAAUGAAUGUCCAUGUUUGGUUAUGUUUAACCUCAUAGAAAAAAAACUUUAUGUAUUUCUUUUUUAUAUACAUUAUUAUUUUAUAAGGUAAAUUGAUUUUGUUUGUUUUUCUUUUCCUCCAUUCCAGCAUCUGUAAAUCAUUUUGGGAGAAAAAUAUUUCUCAACAAAACAACGGAAUAUUCUGAAAUCAAAUUGAUUGGAGGUGUAGACUCUGAAUUGUGGUUUUUUUGUAUGAGUUUAGAGUUUAAAGGUGUCUACAGAAUAAUUGUAAAUCUUUUAUUUAGUGUGUGUUGUUUUUACAUUUUGUUAUGUUGCAGAUUUAUACAAAAACAUGUCAUCAAUCUACACUGAACACAUAACAACAAAGCGAAAACAGGAAAGGUUUACAAAUAAUAAAUAAAUAAAAAUAGUGAAAAUAUCACAUUGGUUGUUGUAGAGGCCCUAACAUUUUUCCAUUGUAAGUAUUGAAGCUAGGGGGACAUGUUCGGCUUGUGUUCUGCCACAAACAAUGUCAACAAUGUUCUCAUUAGCAGGCACUUACCUAAAUGCCUUUUAAUGGUACUGUGCCACCCUGUGUUCAAUUGUAGGAAGUGCACGUCCCAAUUCACCCAGUGUUUCCUUCAAAGAUAUAAGAAAGCAUAAAAACUAAAUGUUUGCUCCAACAGUGUUGUUGUGGCCAGCACUGUCACCUCACAGCGAGGUCCCGGUCCGGCCAGUCCUUCUGUGUGGAGUGGGCAUGUUCUCCCUAUGUCAGCGUGGGCUUCCUCCCACAGUCCAAAGACUGUAGGAGUAAAUUGGACUCUAAAUUGCCCGGAGGUUAUGAGCGUGAAUGGUCGUGAGUCUCUAUGUCAGCCCUGCGAUAAACUGGCAACCGGUCCAGGGUGAACCUCGCCCUGGCCCAAUGUCAGCUGAGAUCAGCUCCAGCGCCCCACGAUAAGCGGUUCGGAUAAUGGAAUGGAAUAUCAAACAUAACACCAAACAGAUGGAGCUGUUGCAGCGUUUCCAGCGGUGGAGACUCGAGAGAUUGGGAAGAGUUGAAUGGAGAGAAGUACGGAAAUAUCCUCAAUGAAAACGUGCUGGGCUGAGAUUUACCUUCCAACAGGACAAUGGCCCUAAACACACAUCUGGCAGACGGGAGGCCUCGACCAACGGGCCACAUCCAAUCUGAUGGAGCUUGAUAGGAUCUGCAGGUCCACGCGUGGAAAGCUUGUCUCGUCAUACCAAAGAAGACUCGAGGCCCAAAGGAAUACUGAACACUAUAUCAAUGUGAUAUUUCAGUGUGUAUCUCUAAUCAAUUUGCAAAAUAAAUCUAAAAUCCUG